AGUAACGUUAUCGUAAGAUUCACGCCGAAGAAAUACCGUAAUUUCGCAAUUGGGGAACCGUUUUAAAUGCACUAAACCGCGAUGAAACGAAAUAUACUCAUUCUGUGCAAUUCUAGUACCUUCAAAAUCAUUGUAGAAAUAAGAAAAUAGUGAUUUUUUCCCAAUGUUCCGUUACGAUAAGGUUCUUACUUCAACCUCGUCAAAUCUUACGUAGUAUAAUUUUGUUUGCUCGGGUUUGAUUGUGAGUGUUUAUUUCUUUGCCACUCAAAUAUGUACGCUUCGCCGUGCGAUACGCCGCCGAAUCCACACGCGAAUGAUUCGAACCCUGCUACUUUUAUAGUUCUUCCGAAAUAUUCGUAAAUAAAGUAUCCACUUGAAAGCAUUGAAUGCUUGUUGCGGGUUAGUGGUUACAUAACCUGUAAAGAAAAUAUGGAAAAACAAUUACACAAAUCCGUAGUUGGAUAUUUUUUACACCUGUCAAAAAUCAAUGAAAAAUGGAACGUCUUAGUUCAAAGUGCCGAACGCCCGUUAAACAAUUUGAAAAAUCAGGAAGAACAACUCAGGAUGGUUUCAGACUGUUCCCUGGACAAUGCAGAUCUCUUCAGUAUCGACAGUACCUUGCGUGGGAAACUCAUUUUCAAGAUCAAUGUUUGCAUGGAAGAUGAAAUUGCGUUAAUAUCCGAAAUCGACUCGCAGUUGAACAACCUUGUUCAGGGAUUGAGGAAUAAGUUCACUCUUUUGGAGGCGGCAAGAAGUGAAGUGAAUAUAAACGCUGAAGAGAUGGAAGAACUUGUUUCCGGCUCUCCGUACAGACCUGGCUUGGACUUACUGAUGAAAUGGGCAAUCGAUAGCACCAAUUACUACAGCGAGUUGUAUAGCUUCAUAAAUGCCUCGUUAAGAAGUUUGGACUGCAAGAAGGAGAAAACGAUUGUGAAUUUGAUAAAGGCGUUUGAGCAGCACAAGAAUACACAGGCCAAAAUCGAUGGUAUACCUUCUCCAUCUCAUUAUCACUCUUUUCAUCAUUUCCGGAUUAAGAACAGCGACGAGACCGAACCCGAAUUACCCAAAUAACAUCUUGGGUGGGUAUAAAGGUGAUUCGAUAACCGCUCGUCGAAUCAAACCUUCGCAAACCCGUAACAUUCAGCUUUCAAGUUUUCUUCCACGUCUGACAUUUUUCUUCAUGUCUAAUAUUUUCUUUUAAUAACCUGUAUAAGCUUUUAAAAAACACAUUGAAGAUUCUCUGGUAAUUUGUGCAAAUUAAAAUAACCAGUAGUUCACCCGUGAUACGCAUUUUAGCAGUUGGGGUCUCAAACGUUCUAGUCGUGCGAUCAAUGUUAUUGUGGUAAGGUGUGUCAGUUAAGAGUUAAGCUUAAGCAAGACAAGGGGAGAAUCGAUUAGUAACAAAUAGAAUCAUCCGCAUUUGCACAAGUUAUAAGUAAAACUGCCGAAAACCUUCUUUAUAUCUAGCUGAACCGAACUUAAGCUUUAACUAAUCGAUUUGGCAUCUGAAUAACGUGAUCGGUCUUUACAUUUUUCGCAUACUGCCGCUUAGGUCCUCAUCGACCACGAUUUUACAUACAGGUCUGGAAACUCCAGUGGAAGAGGUAGGUCGCUUAUUGAAAAACCGCUGGUAGUUCACCAGUCACCGCUAGGUUCGUUGUGAUCAUACCUUCGGCGGUGCGGGCGGGUACGGGCGGGGGGUUUAAACAAAGACAGAACUAGUCGGCCAUACUUCUAUCUCUCCAUCUUUGUCCCACCAAUGUGGGUUUUAAUCAGUAUUGAGGUACGCAAUGAUAAAUAAUUGGUAGCCGCGCUAGUACCGAAAUUUGCCUUUGCUAAAGGACAUACAUAAUCGUGGCUUCCAGCAUUGCAGUUUCCAGAACUGUACGUAAGACCGUAUCUUCGACAUGCUUAAGAUUUGAAGUCAAGUGCUCCCGUUUUGUAGUCUCGCACGCUAACGUGAGAGAUAAUUUCUAAUCGACACCCUUUCACUGUUUCAGGUAUUUUAGGAUUUACCCAGUUUGUGGCCAAAGAAAUUGAAUGAAUACUUAUUUCUAUCA